AUGGCAGUUCUUGUUCUUGGAGCUGGUGAGCUGGGCAUGGCCAUGCUCAGAUCUCUCAUGGCACACCCCUCACGACCAAUAGACUCCUCCGUCUCUGUUCUCCUCCGACCUUCCACCAUCAACUCGCCAGACGCAGAAAAGGUCGAACUAAUCGCCAAAUUCAAGACCCAAUGCAUAUCCAUCGAAGCAGGCGAUCUUGUGAACGACUCUAUUCAGGAUCUCGCGGCCAUAUUUGCAAAGUACGACACAGUUGUCAGCUGUACAGGCUUUGUGGGGCCAACAGGCACACAACGACGUAUCUGCGAAGCCGUUCUGCUCGGAAAGGUGCGGCGCUUUAUUCCCUGGCAAUUCGGUGUCGACCACGAUGCCAUUGGGCGAGGGAGCCCGCAAGUGCUCUUCGACGAGAAUAUUGAUGUCAGAGACGCGCUGAGGGCGCAGAGAGAGGUGGCAUGGGUAAUCAUCAGCACGGGCCUUUUCAUGACUUUUCUGUUCGUCAAGGACUUUGGCGUGGUGGACUUUGAAGAGAAGAAGUUGCGGGCCCUGGGCGGAUGGGACAUUGAGGUUACGCUGACGAACCCCGAUGAUAUUGGCAAGAUGACGGCAGAAGUUAUCUACGACCCACGCGGUAUCCCUGAAAAUGGCCGGAAUGUGGUGUAUAUUUCGGGAGACACAGUCUCGUACAAACGCGCCGCGGACUUGGUCGAACAGAGGUUUCCGGAAAUCAAGUUUGUCAGGGAAAACUGGGACAUGGAUUGGCUGAAGGAAAAUCUACAGAAGGACCCGACCGACACUUGGAACAAGUACCGCGCCAUCUUUGGCGCAGGGAAGGGCGUCUCAUGGCCAAAGGAGGCGACCUUGAAUAGUGAGCGGGGCAUUAAGCUACAGGAUCUGGAGACAUUUCUCAGGAAGAUGGAAACCCCAGAUACGCUGAAGAUAUAG